GCACGUUAGAGUUGUAGGAUUAAAUUUACAAUCUGUUGUUUUGCCAACUGAAUUUUUAUUUUUCAGCGUCAUAAUAAUAUUAAUCUUGUAUGAUUUUGAGUAUGUGCCUUUAUAUUUGCUGGAUGACUUUAAGGAAGGUUGCGGUCAUAUUCGCUGUCUUACUGUGGUCCAGAGUGAAUCCUCAGCAGGUUCCUGUGGAGAAGAUUGUAGCUCCUCCAGGCUCAAAUGUCACACUCAGCUGCUCUUUUCCUGUGAAACUAAAUAUGGUUCUUGAAAGUUUGGUCAUAAACUGGCAGUGUGGUGAUAAAGUGGUGCAUAGCUUUUAUCAUCUCAUUGAUCAGCUUGACAAACAAAAUGAAGUUUACAAAGGAAGGACGUCUCUCUUUAAUGACCAGCUACAGUCAGGGAAUGCAACACUAAUGUUAAAUGACAUUCAGCCAGAACAUGAUGGAGACUACAAGUGUUCAGUCACAUGUAACAAUGGUCCUUAUGAACAGAAGGUAAAGCUACUUGUAGCAGCUCCAUAUGAUGAACCAGAAAUUGCUGUCCAAUAUUUUUGUAAAACCAUCACCGUCAGUCUUUCAUCUUCGCAUGGCUUCCCUGAACCUGAUGUGACUUGGUUUACACCUAUUGGAGAUGAAGUUAAAACACUAACACUUGACAGCAGGGGUCGCUAUAGACUGCAGAGUAACAUAACCUUGAGUCUGAACUCUACAGUGACUGUGAGAGUAGAGAUGAGUCUGGAUGUACUGUCACAAAAGUUCAGCAGGGCACUUACACUUCAUCCUCAACCAGAAUGCUGUAAAGAAGAAUCUCCCCGCUGCAUGAUUGGGUUUUGUAUAUCUUUAGUCUUGUUUAUUUCUGUAGUCAUAAUCUUUUUGUUUACACCUUUAUCUCAAGAAUCAUAGAUAAUUACAUUAUACAGAUAAAAGAUUGGUCUAACAAAUAUCUAACUUAACUGUGCAUUAGGGCGCACUCACACUAUCCAAACCAAACCGCGCUCGGGCGCGUUUGACCCCCAAAGCCUGGUUUGUUUGACUAGUGUGAUCGCUCUGUUCCGUGCCCGGGCGCGGAUUGGUUAAUUGCGCCGCGGCCGGGUUGCAGAGGUGGGCCGGAGCGCGGUUCACUUGGGCUCAGCGCGAUUCAAAAGGUGAAGAAGUCAGUUGCGCGACCAGUCACCUUCAUCUGCCUCCGUAAAAACCUUUUGAUGCGCGCAGCGGGGUUACGUGAAUGUCCGAGCUGCACACGUGACAGAUCAAAGAAGCAAUAUGAUGACAUGUGAGAGGGCUGUCUGUAAUCGCGCACCAAACGACUCCGAAUAAAAAACACAGACUUAACAUUACGAUGGGUUCCAGUGUUAAGAGAGCGCUUAACUUCAUGCUUUUUCAAAACAAUCGCAUCUUAAAGGAAUAGUCUACUCAUUUUCAAUAUUAAAAUAUGUUAUUACCUUAACUAAGAAGAGUUGAUACAUCCCUCUAUCAUCUGUGUGCGUGCACGUAAGCGCUGGGACACUUCGAUAGCAUUUAGCUUAGCCCCAUUCAUUCAAUGGUACCACUCAGAGAUAAAGUUAGAAGUGACCAAACACAUCAAUGUUUUUCCUAUUUAAGACGAGUAGUUAUACGAGCAAGUUUGGUGGUACAAAA